GCUAGGAAGGGGUCAGGAGUGUCCGUUGCUGAAUGGGGGGACGGCCGGGGCGGGGGGUGCAGUACCACCGCCAGAGGCCGCCCUGCGCGUAUUACCGGGGUCGCGUAUGCGCACACGGAAGUUCCCCCGCUCCUGGUACCGGCCGCUGACGCGGCGGCGGGAACAUGGAGGCGGCAGCAGUGCUGGGUGGGUCGGUGCUGCCGGGCGCUCUCAUCGUCCUCAUCCUUGUCCUGCUGCUGGCGGUCGCGCUGCUCCGCUCUGCUCCGCGGGAGAUCCCCACCGCCCCGCAGGACGAACCCAGGGCGAACGGGCACGCCAGGCCGGAGGAGCCACGGAAGGCGAAGCAGGCGGCGAGAGCUCGCAGGGAGAAGCGACACCAGCACAGCUUCGCACACCAGCUGCUGGUGGCUGCCCUCAAGGGCCACAGCAGCCCAGUCACCUGCCUGGACUUCAGCAGCAACGGCAAGUACCUGGCAUCAUGCUCCGAGGACCGCACAGUGCGGUUGUGGAGCACCCGGGACCUGGCAGGACGGGAGCACCGCUGCCUGCGCGCCAACAUGGGGCUGGACCAUGCCGAGCUCGUCCGCCUCAGCCCCGACUCACGGGCUUUCAUUGUCUGGCUGGCCAGUGCUGAGACUAUUCGUGUCUAUAAGAUGACCAAGAAGGAUGAUGGCAGCUUCACCUUCACUGCGACUUCUGGGGACUUCCCAAAAAAGCACAAGGCUCCUGUCAUUAACAUAGGGAUUGCAGAGACAGGGAAGUUUAUCAUGACAGCUUCCAGUGACACCACCAUCCUGAUCUGGAGCCCAAAGGGUGAAGUCCUGGCCAGCAUUAACACCAACCAGAUGAACAAUGCCUAUGCCACAGUGUCACCCUGUGGGAGGUUUGUGGCAUCCUGUGGCUUUACCCCCGAUGUGAAGGUGUGGGAGGUGUGUUUUAGCAAGAAUGGAGACUUCAGGGAGGUGACCAGAGCUUUUGAGUUGAAAGACCACACUGCUGGUGUACAAUCAUUUUCCUUCUCCAACGACUCAAGGAGGAUGGCAACUGUGUCAAAGGACGGCACAUGGAAGUUCUGGGACACAGAUGUGGAGUACAAGAAGCAGCAGGACCCAUACCUGCUUCUGACAGGGCAGUGUGCAGUGCUGGAACCAUGCCGCAUUGCCCUGUCCCCUGACAGCCGCACGGUCGCUGUGGCAGGCAGCACAGACAUUGUGGUGUACAACACACGGCGCGGCGAGGAGGAGGAGCGUUUUCUUGGCGUGCACAGCCACUGUAUCACAGACCUUGCGUUUGACACCACUGGCCGCUAUGUCGUGUCCUGUGGGGACCGUGUUAUCCGUGUCUUCCACAACACUGCUGGGCACCGUGCUGUGGUGGAGGAGAUGGAAGCCAUGCUGAAAAAAACUGGGAACAAAGCCACGCAGGAGAGGCUGGAGCAGCAGAUCUCCAGCGCUCGCAAAGCGUUGGCUGCCAUCUAUGGCAAGAAGCACUAAGCUACCUGUACAGCAGGAGGCAACUGUGCUCUGGUUUGGGGAUGGUUUUCUUUUUUUUUUUUUUUUUAAGUAAACUGUGAGCAACAGUAAUAAAAGAGUGCCUGGGUC